UGUGUACGUUAACGGUGGUCUAGACAAAGUAUCGGAAUCAACUGGGUCUGGCUAUAUUAGCUUGUAAAACGAUGGCUACUUUAUUGUUCUGGAUUGCCGUUUUUGGUGCAUCGGAAAUUCUUGCUCAGACCGACUUCUCUUUACAGGCUGGUGCAACCGGCAAGGAUGUGGUUGACGUCGCGAUCAACCGCAUUGAUCGGUCCAACAUCUUCCAAAACGACAAAAAUAUUUUACGACGCAUUGCGUGUGUCGAGACUCAGUAUGGCGCCAAUCAAGCCAAUGGAAACCUCGGUGGUAUUUGGCAGGUUAGCGAAACGGACUUCAACAGGACCAAGGAAGCAGAACGCUAUCCACAUCUUAUUGACAUGCACAAUGAUAUCUGGAAGAUGUGGGGAGUACGAUGGAAAACUCUCGGAUAUUCCGAGUUGCUAAAACCAUUUUACUCCGGAUUGGCCGCACGUCUUUUACUGAGCCUGACCGAAGUGGGAAGUCGGCGACCCAUCCCGGGAAUCAUUGUUGAGCAGGCUAAUUACUGGAAAAAUUUUUAUAAUCCUGCCGGCUCGCUGCAGGCAUUCGAGGCGGCCGCCACAUCGGAGACGUGCGAAACAAAUUGUCCGGGACGGCUGGACAUUUGCAUCGCUUUAGAUGCCUCCAAUAGUGUAGUCGCUACGGACUUUAACAUCUCACGUUACUUCGUGCACCAACUACUGACAACAUUCGAAACCGGCGCCUCUCGUGCAGCUUUGGUAGUGUACUCCAACCGCCUUCACGUGACCUUUGCUCUGGAUACAAAUAUGACCUGGGCGCAGAAGAAACAGGCGGUUCUCGAUCCUGUACAGACCCCGCACAUUCAGCACAACACGCACACAGCAGAGGCGAUCAAGUAUUGUAUCGAUAUGUUCAACAGCACUCCGGCGGUAGUGGAAGGUAUUCCGAAGAUCAAUGUGAUCCUGACCGAUGGAAAAUCCAAUGAUCCAGGUCCCCUUAAGGUGCCGAUGGUGGCACCGCUCGCGGAGGCUGCCGGUAUAACGUCCUUCGCCGUUGGUAUCGGAUCGGGAGCUGUAUAUUCGGAAUUACUAACCAUUGCCAAUAAUAAUCGGGAUCGCGUACACGAUUUAUCUAAUUUUGCGGAACUGGCACAGUUUUUCCAGCAGCUCAACCAGGAAACGUGCGAAAUACCACAAACGCCCCGUGUCAAUGAUACCACCACGGAUUCGCUCAUCAAAGGCGAACGACGCUACUUUAAAUAUACACUUGGUGUAGAAGGCCUGCAAAUAACCGUUUCCACCACUGCCGGACAGACCGCGGUGUACUAUUCGUACACGGAAACAACCCCUUCGGCGGCGUUGUACGAUGGGAAAAUUGAAGGUUCAGGAGUGAUUCCGUACCGUUUACCCACCACAACUCCGGCGCCGCCUCCCACAGAGUCGGCCCGCGGUGACCUUUUCCGGACCGGAAACAGCACUAAUCCCGAAUUGGAGGUAUAUCUAAGUGUUACUGGUCUCUCCGAUCGAAAUAAUUACACGAUUGAAGCCAGGAUAUUUGUGCCCGGCAAUGGUGCAUCGAUUGUUAAUAAUCUGCACAGAAAUGCAGCGUUUGUCGCAUUGUUCGUCUGCCUAGCAAAUCUUAUCAUCCGUCCGUUGUCAGCUUAAUUUGAAUCAAAGUUGAUUGUUGAAAAUGCAUGGACAUAUUGUAUGGAUUUUACGGAUUAUCAUGUUUUUGAUGAUUUCCGUAUAUGUUAACUGAUCUGUGCUUGUAGAUAAACAAAAAAACAUACUUCGAA